ACAACAAGACAAGCGAUUUAUAGGGUGGAAAAAUAUAAACACGCGAGAACUUGUUGAAAAAAUGGGAAAAGUGAAGAAAAAUAGUGAUAAAAUCAGCAAUGUUGAGACUAAAAAAGCAUCUGCAGUAGUUAAACAACCCGGUGUCUUGGGAAAAUCUGUGGGCAUUAAGAAAAAGUCCAAGAGAGAAAAGUUUUCGCAGAAGAGGAAGAAUUUGAGGUUAAAACUUGCUUCCAGUGAACGUGUCGGUGGAGGAGGCCAGAAAAACAAGAAACGCCGAAGAAAACCCAAGGCAAAAGCUUCAGUUGACAUCAAAUCCUUGAAGGAUGCUCUUCCUUCACUGGAAUCUCUGGUGAAGUUCCGCAGUGCACCUAUCAAGACGGGUGUUCCGGAGUAUGACAACAAGACUGAACCAUCAAAUAGGACAAAGCGUCUGUCCAAGAAGGUCCAGAAAAUCAAGAGGAUCACUAACAACAAUGAGCAACAUGUGGCCAGGUUGAAUAAACUUCAAUUCAUGAUGCAGGAUCGAAUGUUCAAGGAGAAUCCAAGGCAGAUAAUUGCUGAACACAUUAAAAACACAAGGAGAUUGGAAGAUGAAAUGGACGAUUAGCUUUAGACUUUGAAAAAUAAUAAAAUAUAAUAGAAAAUUAAU